AUGGCAACAAAAACUCCCUGGAUGGUAUACCCGCCAGGCUUGAAUGGCGAAGGUUCAGAGAACAUUCGACUGGGGGCUAUAAUAACCGAUCCUUUCAACCCGAGUCAAAUUCUUACUACCGCAGACAAUUCGAUACUAGAUGCUUUUUACCCUCCAGUAGAGGAGAAUACUCAACUCAAUCACCAUCUUCUGUGGAUUGCAGACAAAGAUACCCCUUCGUUUUUGAGGCGUUGCUGGGAAAGUUUUUCCAGUGGGAUGUCGGUAAUAUCAGUCAAUUCGGAGAUGUUCACUAGGUAUCAACUUGAUGCGGAAGUCCUCGUGACGAAAGAAUUCAACAGUGAUCCUAGACUGACAGAGAUCAUGGCCCGGCUGGCGAAUCCUACAGUGGACCAAUUCAUGGACGAGCGUAUACGGGCACUCCUGGGACUCUGGAGUCGCGAAAACCCAGUGUAUAUGAUAACUGGGCUGAGAUAUGCGAAAGGAAGAAUUGCGUUCCGAGAGGCGGAAAUAAAGACAACUGAGUUUCGUUUCAGACACAACAUAGCCUCCCCCAUCAUUUGGACUGAUCGAGAUCCGAGCUACAGCUCGGAAAAGGUAUUCACUACGGAGGAGGAUAGACUUAUAGCAUAUAAGCUACUGAAGAUAGAAAAAUCCCAUAACAGGAAGGAUGGUUCCGACGACGAACUAAUCCUGAGUGAGGUCGUCGUGGAGGGCUCUGAGUGGUGUUAG